AUGGGGGACUAUGCGGACGCGACGGGGGACGGGCGACCCUCGCCGGGAGAGUGUGGGGGCGACUCUCGGAGCCGCGCUUGGAUUGAAGGUGAGGUGAAUGCCGGGUCAGCGAGUGCACCUUAUUCUGCAUCUCUGCGCCCGUCUCGGGAACUGCACGCGGCACCCCCACCCCUGUCUCCCACGCGGCUCCCCCGGCGGACAAGGUUAAUGGUUCGCUCCGCCCCGCCCACAGAGAGGACACCCACUGGCUCCCGCAGCGUUUCAGGACUCCUGGGUAGGACCCUACAGGAGGGGCUUGGCCUCCACCUUCGGAGUCUCUUAAGAUUAGGGGGCGCCAUCUUCAGGUUUGAACUCGCACUCAGACCCAGACUGGGUCUCAGCCUCCGCGCUUGGACUUGUCCCUAG